UUUAUGGAGGGAGGAGAAAGAAGGAGGGGACAACUUACAUGACCCAGUCUUUUUUCCAGUUCACUUUUUUUUGCCAAUAACCAAAGACUUUUCUUCACUCUUUUUUAACAAAGUGGAGAAAGGAGACGACUAUCCAGAACACAAGGACCUUCAGACCUUCACACUGCUGCAUGAUACAAGAAGGCAGGAGUUUGUAAAAUAUGGGGGUCAAAGGUUACUGAAGAAAUCACAGCAAAACACCCCAAAGAAAAAGUUGAUUUUAUGUUAUACUAGGAUCUCUUGUAUUUACCAAUGGCGUUAUUUGUAUGGGACUGUUUCUUCUGUCUGCUUCCAUCCUUGUUAUUUUUCCUGCUGUGUCUGGGUCUCCGCUGGCCCAGAGCGAGUUGCUGGACAAGGCAGACUAUCAGGGCUGCAAGACCCAGGUUCAUUUGCAAACCCACUGCUCUUGCCAAAUAUCUGCACCGGCACUGUGACUCCCUGGCCAGGCCGAGACUGGCCGCCUGGCCCAGGGGGGACCCCCACCUCCAGACUCUAUCCAGCCUGCUGUGCGGAGAGGUCAGAGACACAAUACAGUUCACAAGAGAUAAUCUGUUACUGAGAGAUGGAGGGAUUGUAGCUGUGGACUGGGCCGUGGGUACAGGACAGGGUGAGGCGGCUGGGAGGAAGAGGUGGGAGGGGAGGAAGGAGCAUCAGACAGGGGGAAAGGCGCUGGGCUGCUUCACCUCGACGCCUCCUGUUCUCCUCCUCAUCCCUCAGCACUGGGGAGGGAUGACCCCUCACUUAAAGGCGCUGUGCCAUCAGGCCAUACGUCAGGGCUUUUAUGUGGUGGUGUUUCACCCUCGAGGCACAGCAGGGUGCCCGCUGACCACAGCACGACUCACUGAGUUUGGAGACCCAGCUGAUCUUGAGCAGGUUGUAGCUUAUGUCCACAGCCGCCACCCAUCGUCUUCAUUGGUCGCAGUGAGUGAGGGUUCAGGAUCAGGGAUCCUUCUUUCCUAUUUGGGGGAGUGUGGAUCAAGUACAUACCUGACAGCAGCUGCAGCCAUCUCACCUGUGCUGCUGGGCCAGCUGUGGUUUGAAAAAGCCAUGCCUCAUAUUUAUCACUGGGGGGUGCUGUUUCACCGGAAACUGCAGCUCAGAAGAUAUGCAAGCUCCUUCAGAGAAGUCCUGGAUGUGGAUCAGGUCCUCAGCUCCCCAUCCCUCAGGGACUUCGAGGAAUCUCUUUUCUGUUCUUCGGCCCAGUCUCAGCGGAGAACUUCUAGACCUUACUCCCUGCAGGGUCUGGAACCCUCAGCUGCCUGGGCACUGGGCGAGAGGGCUUACCCAGCCAAGGACUGGGACAGCUACUGGGAGAGGAACGAACCACUGAGAGAUGCAGAUGAGGUGGCUGUCCCAGUGCUCUGUAUCUGCAGCCGUGACGACCCUCUCCUCCCGCCUGCCUCUGCUCUGCCCAUCCCCCUUUUUCAAAGCAAUCCUUAUUUCCUUCUGGUGUUGACAGACAAAGGAGGGCACUGUGGAUUCACUCUGGAAGGCCAAGAGGAGACGGAGGGAGGGAGCACUGAAAACGAGGAGGUGGAGGAAGGUAGCUGGAGUCAUAUGGCGGUUCUGGAGUACUUCAGAGUAGUGGCUGAUUUCCUAAAGGGGGAGGAGAGGGAUGGGGGAAGCUGGGGUGGUCCACUAGGAGAAUAUAGUCAGGCUGGACAGAGGAACAGAACCAGCAACAGCAACACGGCUGCUCCUCGCAGGAGGAGACCCACAAUGAUGAGGAGACCGAGACCACAGGCACCUGAACAGAGCAGCGUGGAUGAAGAAGAGGGGAACUUCACCUGGAAGAGGUCCUAUACACGCUGAGGAGAGAGAGAUGAGAUCUGCAGAAAGAUUUAAUUGGCUUUGGACAAUAUUUGCAUUUUUGGGUUCAGUCCUUCAAACACCUGGAAGAGAAAAUCAGCCAAACAAGGGCAGUGGACAAGCUGGAAACAGUCAAGUUGAUCAAGAGGACACAUGACCUUUGAGCUCUUCUCAGAUAGAUCAGGGAGGGGGUGAAGACCACACCAGGCUCAUGAGGGGAGGAAACGGAGGUGAGGGGAGCCAGGGAGACUGGUGGUCAGAACAUGACAUUGGGGUCACCAGGGGUGAGACAGAGCGGGGUGUCAGACCGGGGAAGGUUGCAGGGGCAUGGCAGCGGAGAUCACAGCAUCACCACCCAUCCACCCACCGAGACAUUCAGCAGUCACCAACCAGCAGAGGCCUGGCGAGGCUCCUCUGCGCACUCCGUGUUCAUUCAUCUUAACCCUACCCCCUUUCAAAAGUCAAAAACAACACACUGGGACAUAUUUAGACAAUUGCGAUUGACAAUGUCACCCAAAAAGUUGCCCCGAAACAACAAACAAACCUAAAUUUUGCUUGUUGCUGAGUGUGUUUGCUCAUUUACAGCCAACUCAGCUAAAAACUAAGUGUGCUAUUUAAAAAAAAAAAAAAAAAAUCAUUUAUUUUUUUAACACUUUCACGUCCCAGUCCCACUUUCACAAAAUGUAACCCUGUACAUGCAUUCAUCAGCCAAGUGUGCAAAGGGACAUGGGACUGGUUGACUGGGGAAUAAAAAAUAUACAAUAACUAC